AUGCCACCAACUCGAGAAUCACCUAGAUUCCUCGCGCAUUUUGAUGAUGAUGGUGGUGGUGUUGUUGUUGUUGUUAUUGUUGGUGAUGAUGAUGAUGAUGAUGAUGAUGAUGAUGAUGAUGAUGAUGAUGAUGAUGAUGAUGAUGAUGAUGAUGAUGAUGAUGAUGAUGAUGAUGAUGAUGAUGAUGAUGAUGAUGAUGAUGAUGAUGAUGAUGAUGAUGAUGAUGAUGAUGAUGAUGAUGGAGACGACGAUGACAACAAUUAUUGUUAUUGGUACGGCCGUGAUCAUGCCUAA